CCCUCCGAAUAAAGCUCUAAAAACUAACACUGGGUUCUGUCGUGACCAUGAUCUUUCCACACAGUAACCAGCACCGCCACCAGCACUGAUUAUCAUCCUUUCAAAGUGGCUGCCAAGUAUUUGGGGACAAGCAGGCAGGAAAGAAACAUCCGAUUACAAAGAAAGGGAGAGAUUGAGAGAGAGAGAGAGAGAGAGAGAGAGAGAGAGAGAGAGAGAGAGAGAGAGAGAGAGAGAGAAAGGGAGGGAGGGAGGGAGGAAGGAAGGAAAGAAGGAAGGAAGGAAGGAAGGAAGGAAGGAAGGAAGGAAGGAAGGAAGGAAGGAAGGAAGGAAGGUUGAAUCGGUACAAAAAGUCUCCAACAAAGACAGACCCAGAACCUGGGGCUUCACUGCUAAAUCUGAUCAAAUCUAACAGAAGGUAGGCGUGGUAGCUCAUGGCAAUCCCAGCACCAAGAAGGCUGAGACAGGAGGAUUACAGCACCUUGAAGGCAGCCUCAGCUACAUAGUAAAUUCCAGGCCAGCUUCAGUAACAUAAUGAAAGUUUUUCUUUAAGAGAGAAAGAAACAGCAGAAGCUGCUUGGUGCGUGUGUCCUGUGCUUGUUCUGCUGUCUCCGUGGAGGUAGGCCCCUGCUGCAAACAUGCUCCGACAGAUCAUUGGGCAGGCCAAGAAGCAUCCUAGCUUGAUUCCUCUCUUCGUGUUCAUUGGAGCAGGAGGUACUGGAGCAGCACUGUAUGUGAUGCGCCUGGCAUUGUUCAAUCCAGUUGUCAGCUGGGACAGGAAAAAUAACCCAGAGCCUUGGAACAAACUGGGUCCCAAUGAACAAUAUAAGUUCUACUCAGUGAAUGUGGACUACAGCAAACUGAAGAAAGAGGGCCCCAACUUCUAAACCAUGAAGUUCACCAUAAAGCAGCUUAUAAUGAAGGUCUUUCAGAAGCCAUCCGCACAAUUUUCCACUUAACCAGGAAAUACUCCUCUGAAUGCAUGAAAUCAUGUUGAUUUUUGGAGUUUCUUACACUGAUGAAUAAAUCUCUGAAACUUAAAAAAAAAGAAAGAAAGACACUUAAAAACAAGAACAUAAAUUUAAAAAAAGAAAGAAAGAAAAAGAAACUUGUGGUAACCCAACUCCAGGCCCGGUUGUAAUAUGUAUUGCUUUUAGAUACAUUGUAACUGUCUGCCAGGCACUUUCUUUGACCUGAGUUUGACUUUUGUAGACUUUCGAGUUUCUGCCCUGGGUCACUUUCCUUUCUUUAGGGAAUUUUCUUUCUUGUUGCUGACAGGCAGGUCUGCUGAUGACUGAUAUGCUUAGCUUCUUUUGUUUGUUUGUUUAUUUGAGACCGGGUCUCUCUAAGUAGCCCCAGCUGUCCUGGAACUCACUGUAUAGACCAGACUGGCUUCAGCUCACAGAGAUCUGUCUGCCUCUGUGUUGGGAUUAAAGAAAGGUGUUUGAAGCCACCUGGCCUCAGCUUUUGUUUUUCUGGAAGAGGCUUUUACUUUCAUUUCUUGUUGGACCUUGGACCCCAUCCAUAGUGCGUUUCUUGCAGCAUUUUGGAGCCAUCCCAUCAUCCCCUGGCCACCAUAGUUUAAGAUGAGGGGUCUCUGAAUUCUUGCCAUUGUUAUAAGCACAUAACCUGUCAUUUUUCACUUUUUAAGGUUUUCUUCUUAUAGUGUGCAUGGAGGCACAUGCCUAUAAUCUCAGCAUGUGGAAAGCUGAAGCAGAAGACUCUUGAGUUCAAG